GCAAAUCUCGAUCCGUUUUGCCACUACCGCACAGCCGCUCGGCAGGGCCGCCCCGGCGACUCCAUCCUGGGCAAAGCCGCUGUUAUGGGCCGGAGUCGCAACGUCGCAGGUGAGCCUCUUCUACCUCUUCAGGGACUUGGCAGAUUUGUCACAGUGGGUCGUGGAGCCACCGCGGGCAAGCACCAUCUCCACAUGGAGGUGGCAGAAUCUGUAUUCCGCCGUCACGCUUGUGCCGAUGGGCCUGUGCACCACCCUCAAGGUUCUCUACCCUCAUGUAUGCUCCUGGCGAACGCUGCUGGCCAUUGGGGGCUGGACCGGUCUCCUUUACUUCUCCUCGGCCAUCAACCCUCACUUCAUGAUGCGCGCGAGGAACCAGGCAAAGGAGGCCGUCUUCGUGUCCCAAGACGAGGCCAAAAAGCUGCUUCCAGGUGGACUUGAGGAAACGUGCAUCAUCAUUGAGCGUGAUGGCAAGGCCGUUGCCUAUCCCGACACCCAGGUGCUGCGUCCUCACGUCGCAAGUGGAGGCGACCUCGGUGAUGAUGUUGUGCUAACAUACUGCGGCCUGUCCAACCUCGGCAUCGCCUAUACCCCCGAGCUGGGUGGCAAGCACCUGGAUCUCCAUCCCAUGACGCAGCUGGAGAACAACUUGGUCAUGUACGAUAAGAACAGCAUGGAGCCAGUGCAGCAGCUGUGGGGCACCACGGAAGACCGGAUGGAGUGCCAAUGUGGGCUUGAAAAGGUGGAGCGGAUGAAGGAAUGGCCUACGUACCGGCUCACGCUGAAGGACUUCUGCAAAGCAUGGUCGGGUGCGAAGGUCUUUGUGAACGAUUACUCCACCAAGGGUCUGAAACGAAGCUUCUCCGAGAACCCUGUGGUAUACCUCUAUGACCUUCUGAUGGACACGAUCUUCUCCCAAUCCAUCAUAUACCAGAAGACCAACGAGAAGCCAGUGUUUCCCACCCUGAAGAACUUGGACAGCAGACUUCCCAGCAAGGAACUGGUCUAUGUGGUCCCCUUGCAGGGCGAUGCCGUGGCAUACACCAAGGACUUCCUCCAGGAGAAGAAGAUUGUGAAUGUGCAGAUCGGUGGAUCAAAAAUCGUGAUGGCCUACUUCCCAGAGUUCUCGGCCAUCGGGGCCUUCUACAACACCACGGACCGUCCUGUGAAGACGUUGGAUUUCUAUGGGCGCAUGAGUAAUGGGAAAAUUCUUCCCCGAGUGGAAUCAUUUAAGGCUGGAGUUUUCUGGUGCGUGUGGAUGAACUGGUUCCCGCUGACCGACCUAAAUCGCAGCAGCUGA